UGAUAGGGACUUGAAACAGAAUGUUCUGGAGAUGGACAAGGAGGAAGAUCACGCUCAUCAGAACACAGUUGGAAAUGACAAUGAUGAAGCUGAUGGCAGCAGUAUAUGUGGUUUAAGAAGAACAAGAGGAGUCAAAGUCACUGCAAAACACCAUCUCCCACUAGAAUGUGAGAAAAUGGAGAUCUCCAAUCAGACAAAAACCUCUGAACAUUCUUACCUGCAAAGAGCAACUGGUCAGAUAGAACCACCUGCAAAUCCAUCCCUUCAAAAAUCAUCUAAUUUCCCUAAUAUGCAAGGUCCAAUGGGUGAGGGAAAUGGGAGCUUCCCUAGGGAAGUCAACAUGAAAGAGGACAUAUUAAAGAAAACAGAAGGAGUCCACAAGAAUGAUGAAGGCAGAAGAGUGGUAGAAAGAAAGGUGGAGAAGCCUGAGGAAAUACAGACAUCAAGCAAUGGGAAUCAGCCUUUGGGAAUGGAGCCUGAAAGCAAAGGAGGAAAAUCUGGGAGUUCAGAUACAGCAAGCAGAGAAGAUAAAUCUGGGGUGACAGAGACAGCAAGCAAUGAGGAUAAAUGUAGGGGAACAGAAGAUGAAGAUGCAACAGAGAAAGAGAAUAAAGGUAAUACGUUAGCAACCCAGGAAAAAAGCACUGAAGAAUCUUUCAUGCUGGGGUCUGGAGUUUCAAAACAAACAUGGCAAGAGCUGAAAAACCUACUCAGAAACACUCCUUUGCUUGGUAACAGGGCCAAAUACACUGCCAAGCCCAGUAGAACUUCUUCCCAUACACAUGUGCCAAAACCCAAUGAAAAAGCAGACAACAAACAUGGCAGAUCCUUUGAAUCUUUUUUACUUCAUUUUGGAGGGGAGAGUCAAAAGCUCCUCUACAUAGACAAUUAUGUAGAAGGGCUGCAAAACAAGCCCCUCUUGGUUCACAGCUUUGGUGAGUCUGAUCAGCAACAAUCAGAAGGCAGUAACAUGGAAUAUUCCAAUAGGAGACAACCAACAGCUUAUAAAAACACAGGCAGCACUCCAGGAAUUAAAUUCGACCCUUCUCCUGACCAGACGGAUCAGAGCAGAAAGCCUGAUGUAAACAAUCCUGGAAAUCAACCUCCUCUUCGCCUGGCCUCGCUUAUUGAACAUAUCAAAGAGCAGAUGGCCAGAGACAUUAUUCAGUUUGUCAGAUUUGAAGCAACUGACCUGCAUGGAGUGUCAAGAUCCAAGAGCAUUCCUUCUCGUUUUUUUCAUGUAAAAGCAAUNUAUGGUGUGUCCAUGCCCAGAGGUUACCUUGAACUUACCCUAAAUCCUAAGGACAGUGAAGUGGACCACAUAAGUGCAACCAAUUUUAAUUGUGACAUACUCUUGAGCCCUGAUUUGUCAACAUUUAGAGUUCUACCAUGGACUGAACAAACUGCUAGAGUGAUAUGUGAUUCCUUCACUAUACUCGGAACCCCUCUAUUGACCUCACCCAGGUACAUUGCCAAACAACAGCUGAGCCAGCUUCAGGAAAAUGGUUUGUCACUACGCUCUGCCUUCACCUAUGAAUUUUGUAUUUACGGCAUUGCUGAGAUUGUAAAUUCAAAGACGAUAUCUUUUCCUGCAGCAAGCAUAUUAAAUAAUUAUGACCAGCCUUUCAUUCAGGAACUCAUUGAAGGAAUGUAUCACAUUGGUGCCAACAUUGAGAGUUUUUCCUCUUCCACUGGGCCUGGACAGAUGGACAUCUCUUUUCAUCCAGAGUUUGGCAUAGCUGCUGCUGAUAGUGCCUUUACCUUCAGAACAGGUAUUAAAGAGGUGGCAAAGAAGUACAACUACAUUGCAAGUUUUUUCACAGAGAAUGGGUUCUACAAUUCAGGGAUUCUGUCACAUAGUCUGUGGGAUUUCAAUGGCCAAAAGAAUUUGUUUUCGGUUGAUGGGGGGGUUCAGGCACUUACCAAUAUUGGAAAGAAUUGGCUAGCAGGACUUUUGGUACAUUCUGCAGCUCUCAGCUGCCUGAUGGCUCCUACUGUCAGCUGCCGUAAACGCUAUGCCAAGUAUGGUAAGGAAUCAAAAGAUUUUGUAACUGUAAAUUCGGCAUUCAAUGAUAAUAGCUGCGCCUUUAACAUCAAGUGCCAUGGUGGAAAAGGCACUCAAAUAGACAACAAGCUAGGUUCAGCUACAGCAAACCCCUAUCUGGUUCUUGCUGCUACUAUUGCUGCAGGUCUGGAUGGAGUAAAGAGAGAACUUAGCUUCCAGGAUGUGUCAGAAGAGAACCAGAACACUCCUCAGUUGAAACCUGCAGCAAUCCCCCUGAAACUAGAAGAUGCUCUUGCUGCACUUGAGGAAGAUUUGUGCCUUAGGGAAGCACUGGGUGAUACCUUUAUUCGAUACUUUGUUGCCAUGAAACGUUACGAGUUGGAAACUGAAGAAACAGAUGCUGAUCGGAAUAAAUUUUUAGAAUAUUUUAUUUAAAAUCAAUUAAACAAAACCUGUCUUAUAAUUGGUAGAAAAAAUCUGAAGUAAUGCUGUGUAAAUGCUUAAAGAUCAAUAGAGAGACUAGAAUUGGAAAUUAGAACUAUUUAUAAAUGUUUACUAAAGUUUUUCCUGCCAUAUCAUUUUUAAUAUAGUGGGCGGUGACUGCAUAUUCUUGUAUGGGUGGAUUGAAGAGACUGCAGAACUGGUGUUCAUAAACUAGUGCUAAGAGGCUUUUUUAUUUUUUUUCUAAUUUCUCAGAAAACCUUAACUAAGAGUGGUCAUGAUGGGGAAGAAACGAGAGGAGGACAUGAAAGGAUGAUGGUCAAAAGUAAAGAAAAGUAAUAGGAAAACAGGAAUAGGAGGGAGGGACUGUCUUGUUCUCAUUUUCUUCAGAGGUGUGAAGUGUAGCCUGAAGUAGAAACAGAUAUUAGAUGUAAGCUCAGCAGAGGCCUAAAAUGAUGAACAUUUUGGUUGGAAAGAAAAUCAAAGGCGUAAAAAAUGGAGGAGAUUGUAGAGUAGACAGAAUCAGCAUCUGAAUCACAGAGGUGGAAGAUGAGAGCUAGGAGAAGGGAACUGGAAGUGGUGUAUAAAUUAGGAUUAUCGAUUUGUCAGAGAUGACUGAAGGGCCAACGAGGUUGAUGGAAAGUGCGAGGGGGUAAACUGGCUGAGAUGAAAGGAGAUGAAAUUGUAGAUAAAACAAGAGAAAAGAGUGCUCAAUAAGGGAUGAGAUUAGAAGGGUAAUUUUAUUGAGAGAAGAAGUUAAUCCAGGGUUGAAGAUCAAUUGAGGAAAUGAUAGUAAAGAGUCAAGAAGAUAAAGAACUGGUUUGGACAUUAGGGUGUAAAUGGAAGUCACCAAGGAUGAAAACUGGGAAACUGAGAGAAAAGAAAGAGGGAUAAUCAUUGUCAAAACCAGAGAAGAUAAUCGAAGGGGAGGAGACAAUGGGCAGCAAAUAGUGGUAACAUGGAGGGAUAGAAUCAGACUGAGGACAAGGAACAGGAGAUGAUGCAACAAAAAACAGGACUAUGUAGCACUUUAAAGACUAACAAGAUGGUUUAUUGGGAAAGCUCAUCACCUAAUAAACAAUCUUGUUAGUCCUGUUUUUUGUUUCAGCUAGACUAGACUAGCACAGCUACAUCUCUAUUACUAGGAGAUGAUGUGUGAGAGAAGCAAAGUUCUAGAAAUGGCUGGGGCAGAAGUGUCUUUUUAUUCCCUGUAUUAUUUCUCCUGUACAUCUCUCUCAUGUGUCUCUUGAUGUCAUGGCUGUCCUCUGUUUAAAACACCAAAGUGAAUUUAGCAAACUCUUAUACAGCACUAGUUACCACUCUCAAAUGUGCCCUAGUUCAACCUCAUUUUUUGCCCCCAAUGAGGUAUACAUUCCUAUGUGAAAUGUUAUGGUCAUCUAUGUGGAAAAUCCAAGAUUCUAUUAGCAUCACUGAUAGUUUGAUUUGAAGGUUGAUGCAGGCAUGCCUUUAUUUACUAUUGAUGUGUUACCUUCUCUCCCUUGCUUUCAUUAACAUUGUACUAGAAGGCUUUCACAGAGUAGUACCAAUGAUUUUAUCAACACUUUUAUUAAUUUUAUGGAUUUAAAUUUUAAAAUACACAUAUAAUGUAAUACAGUAUUUAUCUGAAUUACAAGUAAAUACAUUAGGCCAAUUGUGCUACUGUAGGAAUGAUUUUGGUUCAUUUAUUUAUGCCAUAAAAAGUGACCCUAGAAACUUUUAAUGGGAGAUAGCCAUGAACUGAAUACAACAAACUUUGGUAGUCUUCAAAAUCUGAAGCCAGAUCUGGAUCUACAUCUUGCAAAUGAUCCUUAGCUUUGUAACAGGCUCAACUAAUCAGAUUCAAAAGCCCAUAGAUGAACUCCACCUUCCAGAUAGUUGGGCCAUCCAGCGAGAGACAACAAAAUUCCCUAUAAAUUGGACUGAGUUUCUCUCUCUAUUUCUCUGGCUCAUGGGUAGCUACCUAUCCACAACACUGGCCACAUUUUAAAAUUAAAAUCUGUGCAAAGACUUUUGCUUUCAUUCACUUGCUUGCCCUAGCAGAAUAGUGCUUAUCACUGCUGGGCUUGCCUCUUAAUAUGAGAAUUUGGGAAAGUUCACUAUAGAAUGACGGAUUUUUCAUUUAGGUUGUUCCACAUUCAGUAUGAUACCCUGCCAGUACACCACAUUAGCUUAUUAUUACCAUAUAAUAACCACAAAAAGAAAAUUAGUUAUGAUGCACUUGGUGGGUUAUAAUGGAUUUUGCAAUAACGUAACAUUGCAUUCAGUAUGCGGGCCAAAAACAAAAUUCCCAAGAGAGGGGAUCUAAUGAAUUUAACUUUAUAUUGCUUCCUUGCCACAAUAUUAAAGAGAGAGCAGACAGACUCCUGUGACCACAGUCACAUUAUUUUUAUACUUAAUGCUCACCAUGUAGUAGAAUUCAGUUAAUAGAAAAUAUUAUUUACAUACCCUAAGGAGUUAUUGCAGUGUAUCUUAUCUAAAAUCUGCAUAUUAAGGAGUUUCCAAGUUGUUCUCCAUGGCAUAGUCUAUAAAAGAAAAAUCCCUACAUAUGAAUUUACAUCGACACGAUUCAAGCUUUUUAGCUGAUGACCUUUUUUCCCUUUUGAAACAGAAAGUUCAGAAAUGCAAACCGAAGCAAAAGGGUGAGAGCAAUAUAAACCAUUGAAUACAUGAUACAUUUUGUACACUGUACAAUAUAUGAAAAAUAACACGAUGAUUCCUUAUUGUGAACUAUUUUAAAAAUAUCUAAUAUGUUUUCCAAAACAGAUUAUUUUGCAUUUUACAUUUUUCACUUUUCAUGACCAAGCUUUCAUGCACAUGCUUCAGAAAAAGGAGCCUAACUGGUCACAUCUGCUUCACUGAAAUGAAUUCUUUAUGCUGUAUAGAUGCAGUCACGUCAAUCCCAGGAUAUUAGACACACAAGCUGGGGGAGAAACAUUUUUUAUUGGACCAAUCUCUGCUGGUGAGAGAGAGAAUCUUUCGAGUCAAUCAGAGCUCUUCUUCAGGCCUUGAAAAGACACUGCAAAAAUGGUGGAACAGAGAGUAUUUAGCAUAAGUAGUUAGCACAUAUUGUAAGCAACCAUUCACUUUACUCUGAACCCCAAAAGAGACAGAAAAACCUGAUGGGAGUUCCUUUAGCCAGACCUAACUUUCUUUAAAUGCACCAUCUUUGAAAGUCUACUUUUUAAAGGACCCUUUUAAAAUCAUUUAAAAAUGAUGAAAUGCAUCCUAGCAUACUCAAGGUGCUGACUGAGGAGAUAUCUGAGCUGUUAGCUAUUAUUUCUGAAUAAUUUCAAGGACUAUGAGAGAGAGAUCCCAGAAGGCUGGAAAAGGGCAAAUCUAGUGCCCAUCUAUGAAAAAGAAAAAUAAAGACAUCCAGGGGAACUACAGGCAAGUCAACCUAACUUCUGUACCAGGAAAGAUAAUGGAGUAAAUAAUUAAGGAAUCAAUUUGCAAACAUCUAGAAGAUAAUAACUUAAUAAGCAACAAUCAACAUGGAUUUAUCAAGAACAAAUCAUGUUAAAUCAAACUGAUAGCUUUUUCUGGCAGGAUGACUAGAUUUAUGAAUAAGGUAAAAGUGGUACAUAUAGACUUUAGUAAGGCAUUUUAUACAGUUUCACAUGAAUAGGGAAAUGCUAUCUAGAUGGAGGUAGGUGAAUAUCUGGUUGUAUACCAAACUCAGAAAGUAGUUGUCAAUGAUUCAGUCAUGCUGAAAGGGCAUAAAGAGUGGGGCUCUGCAGUAAUCAGUUUUGGGACUGGUUCUGUUCAAUAUCUUCAUCAAUUAUUUAGACCAGGGGUCUCCAAACUUUUCAGCCCGAG